CAUUUACCAUCUUUCUUCGUUUUCGUUUUUAUUUUUAUUUCAAAGCAUGGACGAACUGUUUAACAAAAUCGACGCCCAGGUGGACAUAGCACUUGGCACACUGUUCCCGGUGGCCUCCCAGAUCCCCGAGACCAGCGAUGCGCAGCAGCGUGCGCAAGACUUUAGCGCACAGGUCACACAACUGCACGGGCAGCUUCUGGACAUCAAGCAGAUGAUAGACGCAUUGCCCAAUGCGCGCAACGACCCGGAAAUGGAACUGCGCAAGGAGAUCCAGGAGCUGACUGCGGACAUUCAGGCCAAGAACACGGUGCUCGAGAAACACAAGGAGGUAUUGAGGAUGCACGCAGAAAAGCUGCGCGAAACCGACCUGGAGAACAGACGUGUUAUUAGCGGCAAAUAAAGACAGCAGAUAUGGUCUAC